AUGCCUCCCACGAAGAUCUCCCGCGUUUCCCGUGGCGGAGGAAUCAUGAAAACUACUCUGUCCAAAUCUAGGCCUUCUAUACACGGAAAAUCGCCCCUUCCCAACCCAGCCCAGAAGAAUGAAUCACUGGGUACACAGGAUUUUGAGAACGAGUCGGAGAGGUCGCACCGCAGUGCCAAAAAGAGCAGCACCUCCUCCACACCCGGGAAAAAGAAAGGAGGAGAUGCCGAGGAGACGCGAAGGCGCCAUCACAGAAGCAAGCCUCCGGCCUCUUUCCUCGUGAAGCUCGAGCGAUCCCAAACUCAACGCAUGAUUGUGCUCGGUCGCAAACGUAGUCUGAGAGCAGGGGCACCGUCGGAAGACAUCGACAUUGUUGGGUCGACAGGAAAUGUCUACACUGUCACCAUCAGCCACUUGCCAACCUGCACCUGUCCCGACUCGCUGAGAGGCAACGAAUGUAAACACAAGGUUUACGUUCUUCACACAGUUCUCAAGGCUCCUCAACAUCUCCAAUUCCAGCUUGCUCUGCUUACUUCGGAGCUGGAGGAAAUAUUCGCUCAUGCGCCUCCAAUUCCUACCGAUCUGUCUGAAACCCCGAAGGGCAUCCGCAAGGCCACUGAUGGAGAAUGUCCAAUCUGCUACAUGGAGCUUGACGAGGAGCACAACGAGCUGGUCUGGUGUAAAGUGCAAUGUGGACACAACAUACACAAGUCAUGCUUUAGUGAGUGGGCUAGGAGCCAAGCGGGAAAGGGCUUGCGUUGUGUCUACUGUCGGACACCUUGGGAGAUGGAUGUCUUGGACAUUGAAGCGAUCAAGAGGACUGGCAACCAUUCCGAAGACGGCUAUGUUAAUGUUGCCACCCACUUUGGCAUGUCUCGCGAAAGAGAUCACUCGAGUUAUUAUCAGCCUUGGGCGCGACACCGGUUUGGACAACGGCGGUGGUAA